AUGCCCCUGGAGGCAGCCAAAAUCGCAGUGGUCGAUUCGGACAACAGGACGGCGGAAACUCCGAGAAACGAGUAUCCCAUGAACAAGCAUGGGGAGGGAACGGCCAGGCGUCUCAGUCUAAAGGACCUGCCUCCCAAUGGCGUACCCAGAAAGAGGUUGCAGAAUGGUCUCCGCACGCUGAGAGCAGCCAACGAGAGCAAAGUAAUUUGGAAAGGGAAGAAGCCAGAGGGGGCGAUUUCGGAAGUUCUCAGGCAUGCCAAGUCAGUCUGGGUAGAGAUGCGAGGCGACCCCAAUGUGAGCGGAGCAGUGCUUGGGAGCAACAGUAUGCAACCUGCGAAACCGGAGUACAUGAUGAGUGGAAGCUUACUCCCCAUAGCCCAGAAGAACGACUUCCCACAGGUGCAACAGGACAACAUCGAACUGAGAGAGGCGGGGAGUUUCGACCAGAGAAGGCAGGAACAACAAGCCAGCAUCAAACAAGAGAUGCCCGCCAACCUCACACACCCAAAGCAGAGCGGCUCAAAUCAGAGACAGCAAAGUGGUGUCAAGGAGAAGGGGUUGAGCAAAGCCAAUCAGAAGAAACCAGACAACCUCAAUCGGGAAGGGCAGGGCAGCUCCAAUCAGAGAGGGCUCUGCAAUACUCUCAAGCUGACGAAACAACCCAGUGUAGCCGAUCUAGCCAUGUUGAAGACUGGCUCCAAAGCCUCGACAAACCCGCAGGCCAACGGCUCCGAAGACGGCGCCAUCGAAAGUCAUUUGAGAAGAGAAGAGCCGAAUAACACGAUGCAAAGAUACGCCAUUCGAGGCAAGCAGCUCGCGAUCAUUUCGGCCCAGUUGUACUGGGAAAUCAUAUCGCCAUGCUUUGAUCCGACAUCGCCUCUGAGGCAGCGACUUAACACCAAUAAGUCGACCUGGUGGGACCUCUUGGUGGUCUUCCUCGCGUUGAUCGGCAGUUUCAUGUUAUUGGCAGUAGCAAUACGGGUGUCACGGGGAAUAGCCUGGGCGACGCAGUUGAUGCAAACGAUUCUGGGGGUUUGA